AUGGCCAUCUCCAUUGCAGACAGCUCCAAUAGCUCGCCCAGGUCGUCUCUGGCCUUCUUGCUGGACCCGGACAAGGUCGAGCCGCCGCGUCCCAAGCAGAGCAUGUGGCAUCGCCUGGGUCUUCGGCGAUGGCUUGGCCGCGAUGACCGAGAUUUUCAUUCUCGGUCCCCUGCGAGUGCGAGCAACGAAUCUUCACCCCCCGCGUCCAACGAUCGUUUCAAAGGCAACAAUACUCCGCCCAAAUCACACGACAACCUCACGCGCCGUCUGUCGAGAAAGGUCGGCGUUGGCCUUCCCCGAUCCACAACGUUCAAGAGACAAGAAUCCGAGCGGCGAGACCGCCUCUCCCCCGUUGAAUCAGAGCCUCGACCGCGGGCUGUAUCGGCCGACCGUCGUACAUUGAGCCUACAGCGGACGAAGUCCCCACAAUCUGUCGUGGAUCCCAGAUUAUCCGCUCCCGAGAUUAACUGGCCGCGCGACGAGCCGGACCCAGACCCGGACCCCUCAAUAACCAAGGACGACGAGCCUCCGGCAUCGAAUGAGGAGACUACCCAGGAUAACGAUGGCAGGUCAGAAUGGGACCACAACCCCGAGGUGACGGAUACUCCCGAGGGGUAUCCUGUUGAUAGUGUCGACAUGGAGUUGGAUCGCCGGUGGAUUCUCAACCUGAGCAUGCACUUUCGAGAUCGCUCAGAGAGGGAAAAAUUUUUCGUCACCUAUGCCGAAGCCGCCAACAGAUGGCGCCGCGUUACCAUAUCCUGCGACUACCGGGACGCCGAACCUGAAUCUCUGGAGGAGGACCUGAAGGAAUUACGAUACCAGCGCGACAAAUGCGCCCGCAUCUACGAGUCCAUACGCGAAUCGCUCCCCGAGAUCCAGUUCUACGACACCGUCACGAACCUGAAAUUAGAAACACGUGACGGCCGUCUGCAUGUUCAUGUCACUGAAGACGUGAAUGAAAUCAUCCCUUAUCCUCCCAUCUCGAGUAUUGGCCAUUUACCGGAAGCCCGACUUGUUCCCGAACGCUGGUUACACUUCGAGGCACAUCUGUCGGGAUUUGUAUAUAAUGUGAGACUGGGCGACAAGUCAUUUAUCAAGAAAGAGAUUCCGGGUCCGGAUACCGUCGAUGAAUUCUUAUACGAGAUCAACGCCUUACAUGCGCUUCAAGGAAUUCCGAAUGUGAUCCAGGUGGAGGGAAUUGUGGUAGAUGACCGACAAGAGGUUGUCAAAGGGCUUCUUAUUAGUUUCGCCGAAAAGGGAGCCUUGGUGGAUAUUUUGUACGAAUACCGUGGGACGAUCUCUUGGGAGCGACGGGAACGUUGGGCCAGGCAGAUUGUACAGGGGCUAUGCGAAAUUCACGAGGCAGGCUAUGUACAAGGGGACUUUACCUUGUCGAACAUUGUAAUCGACGCCAACGAUGAUGCGAAAAUCAUCGACAUUAACAGACGAGGUUGUCCGGUCGGAUGGGAACCACCGGAGAUUGCGGCCAAGAUUGAGAGCAACCAACGAAUAUCGAUGUACAUUGGGGUGAAGACAGAUCUUUUCCAGCUAGGGAUGACUCUGUGGGCAUUGGCUAUGGAGGAAGACGAGCCUGAGCGGCAGCGACGGCCAUUCGUCUUGGAUGGCGACGUCCCCGUCCCGGACUACUACCGGAGAUUGGUGUCGAUUUGCUUAAGCCCCAGUCCUCGACAGCGGCUGUCGGCCAAAGAACUUCUAACUCUCUUUCCUCCUGAAACAGGAACAUUCGACCAGCUGCCCAGAAUGCAACCCCAUACAAGCAUUGGAGUGGGUCUACACAACGGUGCUUUGCCUUUGUACGAUUCGCGCGCUGCAUUUUUGUACUCACGCGGCAGGCAACUGGGAAAUUUCACUCAUAGCAAUACACACAUCCCGGAACAACCGCCGAUUAACAGUUCCGAGAGCAUUCACUCGCCAGAAACUGAUAGAACGGUUUCAGAUAGGGAGGAACAAGAGCAGCGGAUGGAGCUGUAUGACGAGGCAGUGCAAUUGAAUGGGUUUAGAAAAAGCGAGUCACUAAUCUUCGAUGAGCGGAGCUCUGUGGUGGAUGACAUGGUGCAAAUGAGGCGCUUAGCCCGUCCGGAAGAGGCACAGCAGUCUCGGAGAAGUCCACCAAUAGACUAUGCUGAGAACGAGUUUGACGUUGACCCUCGCUACCGAAGCUCAUCGACGGACAUGACGAUGGUUGACCCUACAUCCAAUGGGGAACCCUUGUCCGAUGGAAUUGUUGGUGGUGAAUCAUGGAAAAUCUCGUCGGAAAACAGUUCUAUCCACUACAAUGCCCCGGAGCAGCCAGCUACCACACCAGCGCCUGCCGAUACAUAUCCGGUAGAUUCGGUGACCAAAAGCCUGUCUAGUCUGGAGUCACUGCGCCCUGUGCCAACGCUCCUGCUAUCUUCACUUCCAAUCAAUCCGGCAGCCGAAAGUCUGGAGCAGGUAAUAUGUACGACAGGGGACAUUCUGCGACCUUCGAAUGUGGCAUUAGAAAAUACUCAGCAAGCCAUUGACCAACCGAGCACUUACCUGAGCGAUUCAGUUUUACCAAUCAACCCGGCCGCCAGAGCUCUGGAAAGAGUACUCCCGGGGAAGGUUCAAUCACAGGCUAAUAUUCAGUCGACUUUGGAGUACCCCCAAGAUGUUGCCGUCAUUUCUCGCCUGAGCGAUCGUUCCUUACCCUUGAAUUUAGUGACCAAACAACCAGAGGCGGAGUCAGUGGACCUUAGCGCGGAAAAUGCAUCGAACAGCCAAGAUGAAGGUGCUUCCGAGUGGCAUCAACAAGUCAUACAAGCCCAAAUUCCCGAUUGGAGUGUACCUCGCCUGACUGCCAAUCCGGCAACCGAAUCGACAGGUGAUUUGAAACCUGAAGCCGGUACUUCAUUCAUCCACGGGAUUGAUUCAACCCAACCCACUGAGCAGACCUCUGAAGACCAGAACCAAAACUUGAGUAACUCGCAGUUACCUAUCAACCCUGCCACGAUAACCUCAGGGGACAUAUCCAGUGACAACAUAGAUGCCAGCUUAACCCCCAUUGCUCAGUCAAUUCGAUGCACUCAACAAACCAUCCGCGACCAGAACCAAAGCUCCUUCCUCCGUAACUAUCACCUCCCCAUCAACCCAGCCAUAACAUCGCCAGAGGGAACGAUCGGCUACGAGGCGAUCAUCAAGCCGGGUAUUAACGCUGGGUCAACUUCGUACGCUUUACCAGUCAUCCAAGACAGUAAUCAGAAUUCCUUCCUCAACGCUUCACACCUUCCAAUCAACCCAGCAGCUAAAUGCUCUAAUGAAGGGACGUACAACACCAAUUCGAUGCCUCCAACAACCAUUAACGCUCAACCCACUCCAAACUCACGGCAUGGCGUCCACGACCGAAGUUUCCACUUAAACGACUCUCAUCUACCCAUUAACCCAGCAUUCGCCGACAAAGCUUUACAGUCUGUAUAA